AUGCUCGACCGUAUCCUUCUCCCCCUCGGCCUCCUGGCCUCCCUUGCCACCGCUCGUGUCUUUGACAGCCUACCCCACCCUCCCCGAGGCUGGUCAUACUCGCACGCGGCGGAAUCGACGGAGCCGCUGACCCUGCGCAUCGCCCUCCGCCAGCAAAAUGCCGCCGCCCUGGAGCAGGUGGUGCUGCAGGUCUCGAACCCCAGGCACGCCAAUUACGGCCAGCACCUGACGCGCGACGAGCUGCGCAGCUACACGGCGCCCACGCCGCGGGCCGUCCGCAGCGUGACGUCGUGGCUGGUCGACAACGGCGUCGACGACUACACGGUCGAGCACGACUGGGUGACGCUGCGCACGACGGUCGGGGCCGCGGACAGGCUGCUCGGCGCAGACUUUGCCUGGUAUGCCGGCCCGGGCGAGACGCUGCAGCUGCGGACGCUCUCGUACGGCGUCGACGACUCGGUGGCGCCGCACGUCGACCUCGUGCAGCCCACGACGCGGUUUGGCGGUCCCGUCGGGCAGGCGUCGCACAUCUUCAAGCAGGACGACUUUGACGAGCAGCAGCUCAAGACCUUGUCGGUGGGGUUCCAGGUCAUGGCUGACCUGCCGGCCAACGGGCCUGGGUCGAUCAAGGCGGCAUGUAACGAGUCUGGCGUGACGCCCCUGUGCCUGCGAACUCUGUACAGGGUCAACUACAAGCCGGCAACCACGGGGAACCUGGUCGCUUUCGCGUCGUUCCUGGAGCAGUACGCCAGGUACAGUGAUCAGCAGGCAUUCACUCAGCGGGUCCUUGGCCCUGGUGUUCCGUUGCAGAACUUUUCGGUCGAAACGGUCAACGGUGGAGCCAAUGACCAGCAGAGCAAACUUGACAGCGGCGAGGCGAACCUCGAUCUGCAGUACGUCAUGGCAAUGAGCCACCCUAUUCCAAUUUUGGAGUACAGCACUGGAGGCAGAGGACCCCUCGUCCCAACUCUGGACCAGCCCAACGCCAACAACAGCAGCAAUGAGCCUUACCUGGAGUUCCUGACGUACCUCCUGGCCCAACCCGACUCAGCCAUCCCUCAGACCCUGUCGGUGUCGUAUGGCGAGGAGGAACAGUCGGUGCCGCGCGACUACGCCAUCAAGGUUUGCAACAUGUUCAUGCAGCUCGGCGCCCGCGGCGUGUCGGUUAUGUUUUCGUCGGGCGACUCGGGCCCGGGUAAUGACUGUGUUCGAGCCUCGGACAACGCAACCUUUUUUGGCUCAACAUUCCCCGCAGGCUGCCCCUACGUCACGUCGGUGGGCUCCACCGUCGGCUUCGAGCCGGAGCGCGCCGUCUCCUUUUCCUCGGGCGGCUUCAGCAUUUACCACGCUCGCCCCGACUACCAAAACGAAGUGGUCCCCAAGUACAUUGAAUCGAUCAAGGCUUCGGGCUACGAAAAGUUCUUUGACGGCAACGGCCGCGGAAUUCCCGACGUGGCUGCCCAGGGCGCCCGCUUCGUCGUCAUCGACAAGGGCCGCGUUUCUCUAAUCUCGGGGACCAGCGCCAGCUCACCUGCGUUUGCUGGCAUGGUGGCGCUCGUCAACGCCGCCCGCAAGUCAAAGGACAUGCCGGCCUUGGGCUUCCUCAACCCCAUGCUGUACCAGAACGCCGCGGCCAUGACGGACAUUGUCAACGGCGCUGGCAUCGGCUGCAGGAAGCAACGUACAGAAUUCCCGAAUGGCGCCAGGUUCAACGCCACGGCCGGCUGGGAUCCCGUCACAGGGCUGGGGACGCCGUUGUUUGACAAGCUGCUGGCUGUUGGCGCACCUGGAGUUCCCAACGCGUGA